CAAACCUUUAGAUCCCUUUAAGUAAGUUGUAAAUAACACUGAUUGGAAUAGGAAACUUCAAAUAAAUUUAUUUCUUAGUAGCUAUAUAUCAUAUCGCGAAGAAUAGGGGCCUACGGUAUAAUAAUUUUAGUUGAAUUUCUUUCAAAUCACUUAUUUGUUUUGUGUCUUUGCAACGGGAAGUUAUAGCUUUUUCAAGGGGACAUGGUGUGGAAAAGAUUAAACAACAUGUUAAACAUUCUCUAAUCUAUUAAAAGGAAAUCACUCCUAAAAAAUCUACUUAAACAAAGUUGUUAGAUCAUUUCAUUAGACUUAACUAUUUAUUUGGUUUUAACUUAUAUUUCUCUAAUUAUAUAAAUACUUUACAUAAUUUAAAUGAAUUCAUUUAUUAUUUUCUCAUAAUCUAUUAUAUAAUUGCUCUAACAAUAAAUCUAUAUGAAUAUAUAAUAAAUUAUUCAAAUGUGAUCAUUACCACGUAUAAUUCUAUUAAUAGUAUAAAUUUUUAAUGGUUUAGUUAUGUUUAAUAGGUAUAUAAUUUGUAUUUUAAAAUUUUAAGUACUCAUUUGGUCUUUACUUUGGUUUCUAUUUUUUCUAUGCUCGAUUAUUUAUGAAAUUCAACUUAAUUUUGAGUUUUUUUCCAGUUUGGUACGGUUCAGUGCACUCGGGUAAAUGUACUCAAACGUAUACAUUAUCUCUUAUAUAAGAAGAAUUUAUUUAAUUUCAAAAAUAAAUCCGCGCUUUCUAAGCGCGGAUCAAAAUCUAGUAUAUAUUCAAAUGGAUGCAUAAAAACAUAUACUCCUACACUAUAAAAAAAUAACUCGUCAACACAAAUGUUUAGCAAAAGUCACAAAUAAUUAAACAUUACUGUUUAAUUUCCACAAAAACAAAAGAGAUUAUGUCUUGGACUAAAAUACAAGUACGAGGGCAGCCAAUUCCUAGGGUUCCGGCAAGAAACCACCGUAUGAUAAACUCUUUUGUUUGUGGAGUUUCUAUCAAAAGUCACCACCGUGUAAGCAAUGUACUCCGUACGAAUGGUUCAUCGUUGGGUUCUGUCCCCAUAAGAACAACCGAGAGCCAGUUCCUUCGUGGUGACGGUAACGGUAGAUUCGGGAGGUUCGGUGGAAAGUUUGUACCGGAGACAUUGAUGUCUCCCCUGAAAGAUCUUGAAGACGAAUUUAAUUUUGUUUUGGGCGAUCACGAAUUUCAGGAGGAGCUUACCACAGCAUUAAGAGACUACGCAGGAAGAGAAACGCCUCUCUACUUCGCCGGACGUUUAACUGAACACUACACUACAAAAUAA